CGUCAUCACUUCUGCUAUGCGCUGAUUCCCACAGAGCCGCCUGCUCAGCGCAGUCCUCUGAGAGUGUGACAGUGUAUAAUAGAUAGUGUGUGUGUGUGAGUGUGUGUGUGAGAGAGAGAGAUCCAGCAUUAGGGCCGAACACUGAGGUGUCAGCGCAUCCGGACACAGGACAGCCAUGGCCCUGCUCGAUCUCGCCCUGCAAGGCUUCUCCAUCUUCGGCUUGCUCUUGUUCAUCGUGCUCUGGCUCAUGCACCUCGUGUCCAUCAUCUACGUCCGUUUGCAUCUCAACAAGAAGACCACAGAAAAGGUGCCGUACAGCAAACUGGCUGGUGUGUCACUGCUGAAGCCCCUCAAGGGUGUGGACCCCAAUCUCAUAAACAAUCUGGAGACGUUUUUUGAGCUGGACUAUCCCAAGUAUGAGAUUCUGCUGUGCGUCCAAGACCAUGACGAUCCAGCCAUUGAUGUUUGCAAAAAGCUGCUGGGCAAAUAUCCGAAUGUUGAUGCCAGGUUAUUUAUAGGGGGUAAGAAAGUUGGCAUCAAUCCAAAAAUAAAUAACCUCAUGCCAGCUUAUGAGGGGGCAAGGUACGAACUCGUCUGGAUCUGUGACAGUGGCAUUCGAGUGAAGCCAGACACUCUCACUGAUAUGGCUAAUCAGAUGACGGAGAAGGUGGGACUGGUUCACGGCCUUCCUUACGUGGCAGACAGACAAGGAUUUGCCGCCACAUUGGAGCAGGUUUAUUUUGGAACCUCACAUCCUCGUUCCUACAUCUCGGCCAAUGUAACGGGAAUCAAGUGUGUGACGGGGAUGUCGUGUCUCAUGAGGAAGGACAUCCUGGACCAAGCGGGUGGGCUGAUUGCGUUUGCCCAGUACAUCGCUGAAGAUUACUUCAUGGCCAAGGCCAUCGCAGACAGAGGAUGGAAAUUUUCCAUGGCAACGCAGGUAGCCAUGCAGAAUUCUGGCUCGUACUCCAUUGCACAAUUCCAGUCUCGCAUGAUCAGAUGGGCCAAACUAAGAAUCAACAUGUUGCCGGCCACCGUCAUCGAGCCCAUCUCCGAGUGCUUUGUGGCCAGUCUUAUCAUCGGCUGGGCCGCCCACCAUGUGUUUCGCUGGGACAUCAUGGUGUUUUUCCUGUGCCAUUGCCUGGCCUGGUUCAUUUCGGAUUACAUCCAGCUGAGAGGAGUACAGGGCGGCCCUCCAUCCUUCUCUAAGCUGGACUACGCAGUGGCUUGGUUCAUCAGGGAGUCCAUGACAAUUCAGAUUUUCUUGUCCGCUCUUUGGGACCCCACCAUCAGCUGGAGGGCGGGACGCUACCGAUUGCGUUGCGGAGGUACGGCAGAGGAAAUCCUGGAUGUUUAAACGGCACCGUGUGCCUGGGACUAUGCACUGGUGUGAACAUGGACACAGAACUGAGAAGAUGUGGAUGCAGAUGGACAAACGAACUGCAACUUUUUUUUGUUUUGGGUUUUAUUCCAACUUCUGAUAGUUUUUAACCUGCGACUUUAACAAAUAGAUUAUUUAUGUCCUUGGUGCUUUUUUUGUUUUCCUGUGCGGUCUCUUGACAAUUGAGACCUCGUUCUAGAUGAGCCAAAAGUGAUGAAGAAGAGAACUUGUGUGGAAACGAUGUCUGGCGAGGAGGCGGCACUUCAGCGGGCAUCAGUAACCCUGAUAAAAAAGAAUCUAAAUGUAACUUUUUUUUUAUUUUUAAAGGUCCCUGCAACAUGUUUAGUGGUGGUUGAACAGCUCUGUAUUUCGUGACAUAUCCAUUUUAUAAUAAGUUGGAUGGACAGUUUUUAACGAUAAUAGUGGGGUGGAGAAUGACUGAAGCCUGUUAAAAUGGCACUAGCGCAUGAAUGGAUAAUUUGCUUAUCACAGUGUUGCUCUCAACAUACAGCAAUCUUGCCAUAUUUGAAAAAUUUUUGGACUUUUGGAUGCUCGAAACAGAUCCACUCAGGUCCAUUUUAUGUUUACUGGACAGAGCAAUAUCUUCAGUAGAGGUAAUACAUAGGGAAUUGUGGCAUACUGUCGACGACUCUUGUACAGUCUUUGCAUUCUUCCUGCAGUAUUGGAGCAUGAGGUUUACUCCUCAACAUGAUAUCUGCAGACUCAAUCGCAUAUCUUAUGAAAUUUAGUGCCAUUUGAAGAGCAAGCGGUUUUAUUGUUAUAAUUUUGACAUCUUUAACGCUUUUCUUCAAGGUCUUUAUCUUCCCGUGCUUUGUUCUCUGCAGUAGUUGCUCUCGUACCAGGAUCAGGGUUUGCUAAAACACAUUUCCUGCCCUGCUGCUGUUUGUUUGAGAAGCUGUCAGUAUUUUCUUGAUGUUUGACUGGAUAUAAAUUGUCCAAACAUUUCAUCCGAUGCCAUUUCAGUUAAACCAAAUUCUUUUGACGUCAAGAGUUAGAGAAGUUAAAGUGUACUCGUUUUUUUUGAGUUGAAACAAUUUGGCAUGAGUGGGUGUGUGUUCAAUUUUAUAGAAACAUUUGAUGCAUUUCAAAAUAUGACAGUCGCACUCUACUCGUUCCCCAUUUAACAUAAAUACUCUUUUCAGUCAAACAGUAUUCACGAAACAAUUGACAUUCUUCUCCAUCUUCCCCUUUUUUCCUAUGGUUGUAUCUUGAGGAACUGCUUGUUUUUUGUUUCGUACUGCCAGCACUUUGUUGUUAAACUGCUCUUUCUGCAUUUUCCUCAUUUCUUGACUCUUGUGGUGUUCAUAAAUCAUGCCGCUGAUCGAGAAGAACCCAUGCCGGCACUGACAGUAUUGUUUAACAGAUAAUCUACUCAUUCACCUGAACUGUUCAAGCCUUGUUGUUAUUUUCAACCAUAAUAUGUGAUUCUGAAAAAAACCUGUUGGCUUGAGCUGUGUGCAUGUGUCUUCAUAUUCCAUCAGCUGCCAUUUAGGAAGUGCUAAACACUGUUUUAGCCCAAUGCCAACCCUCCCUUGUUUGAGUGUUUGUUCUGGUGUUGGUUUAUUAUUUCUAAUUUGAAUACAUCUGAUUUUGUUCUACUGAACGCUUUGGGCUGACUGUUGGAAAUAAACUGUGUUUUGUGCAUGAGGCCACGGAAUGAAUGCCAUUUGUUCGUAACAUGGCAGUUGAAGUAUUAACAGUUGGGGAUCAAUCAAUUAGCAAUAAUCAUAUGCAUUAUUAGUUCUACUCUAUUCAGGCUAUGAAACGAAAGCAAGCUUCCAAACCCAUUUCUGUGUCCAUUUGUGGUACAAUAAACAUUUCAGAUUUUGUUGACCGUUACACAUUGAUUAUACCUCAGUGGGCCUCAUUCAUGAAACACGAACAGAGUUUUUGUGAAAUCAUUCAAAAAAACAUUCUUACAGAAUUAAUUUGUGAAACCAUUACAUUUAAUAAUUGGUAAAACUAUUCUUUUGUAAAUUGGAAUUGGUUUUACUAAUUAUUUAAUUGAAGGUAACAAUUAUUCAGUUUGGUGCGUCAGUUUAUGCAAACAAGGUUUUGCAAAUUAUUCCAAUAAUUCUUUAGUAAACUUGCAUUGAAUUGAAUAAUUGAAUGAAUUCUUGCAUAAUAUAGAUUGAAUAAUUCGUUAAAACCAUUCUUGCGUAAACGAUCGCAUUGAAUUCUGUGCUACAGUUAUAUAAUAAUGGUUUCGCGAUAUGUUAUUACUUAAGAAUGUUUUUAUGAACGAAUCAGAAAUUCAUUCUGCUUUUGAAUAAGGCCCGAUGUGAUAUAGUUCUGCACCACUGAUAAAACCGAAUGUACCUUCGCAUGAACAUGUGACUAACGUUUUUUCAUCGUCUUAUCGGUAACGUCUGAAACACCACAGUAGAAACUUUAGGGAAUGGGAAAGCUGGCAUUUUCUGCAACUGUUGCUCUCUUUGACUUUCAGCCGUAUCUGCUUAUAAUAUAUAUGUGAAAUAUUGUGUCAAAAAAGAAACUUCACCUCAUUUACGAAAAGUCUACGAUGCACUGUAAAUUUCCCGUUUAGACUUUUCCCCUCUUCGUGUGGCUGUGAGAGAAUGCUGCUGAAUGCGUGUUUUCAGAAAUAUUGCCUUUUUUUUUAAGUCAGUUCUGAAAGGAUUGUAUUAUCAUAACGUUUUGUGGGGAACUGGACUUUUUUCCGUGAGUGUACAGUUGUAUGUUUGUCGGAUUAACAUGUUUUGUGAAGGACUGGUGACCCGUAUGAGAAAAUGUGCGUUAACAAGUAACACAGAAUGGUUGAGACAAUAUGGUAGUGAGCUGCCUAGACGGUCUCAAAAUAUCUUGAGACAAAGCCAGUUUGAGUUUUAAGUGUCAUGUGCUAUUAUUUUACAGUUGCGACAUUUCACUCAUUUAAGUCAUCUUUCUUUACUACAGCCUUGAACUCAAAGCGACAGAGAGAAACUACUACAUGUUUACCAUACGGUCAUCAGUCAGAGUAGAAAAAAAAGUCUAGUGGUGAUCCACCACUUUUAUUUUAUGUGCUGUAAAGUUGACAAAAAAGUAAGAAAAAUACAUAAUUUGUUUUAAAAUAUGUACAGUUUAUUUAUGAAGUUUGGUUGAUAUCCAUUACAUACACUGCUUCCUAAAGCUUAAUUUAUCAAGUUGUACAUUUUUAUUUGUUCGUUUUUUUGCAGUGUAAAAGUGUGGUUGGACAGACUUCAGCUUUUGAACUUUUGUGUUAUUUUGUAGAUGUUGUGUACUGUACGCUUGAUGCUGAAUGCGUAAUCCACAGCUGGAAACUGUGUCGUUACAGAUAAAUUAAAGCUUUAUCAAGCAAUAUAAGAA